AUGAAAAUUUUCACGGCGACGCUAUGCGCGCUUCUUGUCCUCGCGUCCGGCGCGCUCGCGGCUGAGGCGGACGAUGACGAUACGAAAGAGGACAUGCUGCGGGAUUUUUGGAAGGACGAAAUGGCGAACUUUGAGUACACGAUGACGAACGCGACCACGGGCGAACCGAUAGAGGGCGCGGGAGCUAUCGUCGCGCCGACGUUCUCGCGCGAUAAAGUUCUCGUGGGCGUCUUCAUACCCGCAUCGAGCGGUUUCAUAAAUUCGCAAAAAACGGUGAACGUCACGGUGUGUGAAUUCAUGUACCCAGAAAACUGCCUGAUGGAGACGCCGUAUCCCGGAGCACCGAGCGAGUAUGCGUGCGGCUUGUCCGACGAGGAGCGACCAGAAACUGGAUUCGAGUGCGAUUCGCGAGAAGUCGAAGUUGAGCCCGACGGCGAUCUGUCCGUUGACGUGGAAAUCGAAGAAGAAAAUGAAGCGUUGUACGACGAUUACGCCGAGUCGCCAGCGCCGGCGCCGGCGCGAAAGUUACUCGCGUCAGCUCGAAUCGGGCGCGCGAAUCCGCGAAGAUCGCGCACGCUGCGAACGGCGGGGGCGCGCGGAUACGGACGAGGUCGUUAA